AUUCUGACACAUACUACAGUGUGGGUGAACCUUGAAGACAUUUGCUAAAAGAAGCCAGGAACCAGAGGUCCUAGAAACUGAACCCAGAACCUCACGUCCACAAGGCCCUACCACUGAGCUACAGCUCUGUCCCUGUUAUGUGUAUAUCUUCCUAUAAUUUCAGUGAAUUCAGGUGGAGAGAUCAAAUGAUUCUACCCAGAGUGCUCAAGAAUGCCAUUCGAAGGUUAUUGGAAAGCCAAGAUAUUGAUCUUUCCACUUUUAAAUAGAUCAGGCACGACCAAGUACACCUGAAACACUCAGUUUAGGGCCCACCCAGCUGGCUGGAAGUAGGACAGAGGUCAGCUGAACUCAGACCACACAUCCCUGUUAAACACAUCAGCUUUUAAAUCAAUCUUUGAUCAAAGUCCAGUGAGUUCCAAGAGUAGAGCUCCCAGCAGACAGUAUUCCUGUGACAGAACAGCUCUUCUUCUUACAGGUGCAGGUUUUUCAGCCCUUUGAAGUUGAGAGCUGAAUUAGGGGGGAGCUUGGACCUUGACGUGGAUUCAAACUGCAAACAGCGCUGAUCUGUGCAGGUGGGAGGACAGCGGAGAGCAAAGUAAAAGAAAUGGCUGCCAUCUUCAACGCCCGAGAAUGUAAACUGUCCAAACUGGAAGGGCAAAACUACGGCUUCUUCCUGCGAAUUGAGAAGGACACUGACGGGCACCUGGUCCGGGUGAUUGAGAAGGGUAGCCCGGCAGAGGAGGCUGGGCUCCUGGAUGGAGACAGAGUUCUUAGGAUCAAUGGUGUCUUUGUCGAUAAGGAAGAGCAUGUGCAGGUGGUGAAUCUGGUCCGAAAGAGUGGAAAUUCAGUAACUUUACUAGUUCUGGAUGGGGAUUCCUAUGAGAAAGCUGUGAAAAAAGGGGUUGACUUGAAAGAGUUGGGUCAAAUCCAGGAGGUGGAUUCGAAUGGCUUGAAAAUGGCCCCUGUGCUAAAUGGAGGAGCAACUUGGACCCAGCCGAGGCUCUGCUACCUGGUGAAGGAGGGCAAAAGCUAUGGCUUCUCUCUGAAAACUGUCAAAGAUAAAAAGGGAGUGUACAUGACUGACAUAACACCGCAGGGUGCGGCUAUGAGAGCUGGAGUCCUGGCUGAGGAUCACUUGCUUGAAGUGAAUGGAGAGAACGUAGAGAAUGCCAGUCACGAGGAAGUGGUUGAAAAGGUGAAGAAGUCUGGAAACUGUGUCAUGUUCCUUCUUGUAGACAAAGAAACUGACAAAUACCAUAGUGAACAAAGCAUACAAUUCAAGAGGGAAACAGCUAGUCUGAAACUGCUGCCCCAUCAGCCUCGGAUUGUGGAGAUGAAGAAGGGAAGCAAUGGCUAUGGUUUCUAUCUGAGGGCUGGGCCGGAACAGAAAGGUCAAAUCAUCAAGGACAUAGAUUCUGGAAGUCCAGCAGAGGCAGCUGGCUUGAAGAAAAACGAUUUGGUAGUUGCUGUCAAUGGCGAGUCUGUGGAAACCCUCGAUCAUGACAGUGUGGUAGAAAUGAUUAGAAAGGGAGGAGAUGAGACCUCACUGUUGGUGGUUGACAAAGAAACGGAUAAUCUAUACAAACUGGCUCAACUUUCUCCACUUCUCUACUAUCAAAAUCAAGAACUGCCUAAUGGUUCUGUCAAGGAGGAUCCAGCUCCUGCUCCUCUGGAGGUCUCAAGUCCAGACAUUACAGAGGAAGUAGAUCAUAAGCCUAAACUCUGCAGGCUGGUUAGAGGUGAAAAUGGCUACGGCUUUCACUUAAAUGUGAUCCAGGGUCUGCCAGGCUCCUUCGUUGAAGAGGUGCAGAAGGGCAGCCCUGCUGAUGUAGCUGGGCUGGAGAAUGAGGACAUUAUCGUUGAAGUGAAUGGGGUGAAUGUGCUAGAUGAACCCUAUGAGAAGGUAGUGGACAAAAUCCAGAACAGUAAGCACAUCACACUCUUGGUCUGUGGAAAGAAGGCCUAUGAUUACUUCCAAGCUAAGAAAAUUCCAAUUAUUUCCUCCAUGGCCGAUCCACUGGAUGUCUGCCCUGAUUUCAAAGAAGAGACCCUGGUAGAGUCAGAGCAUGACUUACAUGUGGUAAAAGAACGAGCCCACAGUACAGCCUCAAGUUCUUCCUCCAGUUCUGAAGACACAAAGAUGUGAACAGAAUAAUGGCUUCAGCUGAAAAGAUUCCUACGAAAUAUCCAGCAACUGCUGUUCCAAGGAAUGAGCUCCUGCCUAUUUACUGUAUUAGAGAAGAAUCCCCUCGAGACCAUCAUGUGCGACUGUUGCUUUCCAUGGAGCCACAAUCACACAUGGCUUAUUUAUGGUCCAGCUAGGAAGCUUUAAGGCACGAGCCAGCUUUCUGUGAUCUGUUCCAAGCUUCAGCUUAACUACAUUUCUCUAUAUGAUGAUAUCUCUUUUAUAGGCUCCUUGAGCACCACAGCUGAUUCAUAUAAAAUAUCGAGCAGAUAAUUCAAUUAAAAUUAUGCUUUUAUAAAAAUGUGGUUGCUAGUAUAAACACCAUUAAAAAUAUCUUGAGUAUGCUUAA